AUGAAAUACUCCACUGGGCUUUUCCUGUUGAUCUGUUCGGUGACUGUUGGUGUUGGCAAUAAGCAUUAUGGAAUGCGCUUCUCCUCUGCAGGCUCAUCUCUGCAGUGCUAUAAGUGCGCUGAUUAUUACGGGGGGUGGUGUGAGAAUGUGCAAGACUGCUCUUAUGAAGACUCCUGUCUGAGUCUGCAUGAGAAAGGGGGGAAAACCAUUCGCCAGUGCAUCAGAUACACCGACUGUGACAACUCUCGCCUGUCCCAGAUGUUUCCAGCUGUGUCCGGCUUUACGUACAGGUGCUGCACCUCUAAUUUGUGUAACAGUGCACACAGUGUCGACAUCCCACUGCUCUCCCUGCUCAUCUCUUUUAUCGGCCUCUGCUGGAGCUGCUGCUCUGUGUGA